GGCGGCGUUGGCGGCGGUGGCCGGGGCCCGCGGCGGCGGCGAGGGGGGCGAAGAUGGCGGACGUGCUCAGCGUCCUGCGACAGUACAACAUCCAGAAGAAGGAGAUCGUGGUCAAGGGAGAUGAAGUGAUCUUCGGGGAGUUCUCGUGGCCCAAGAAUGUGAAGACCAACUAUGUAGUUUGGGGGACUGGAAAGGAAGGCCAACCCAGAGAAUACUACACAUUGGAUUCUAUCUUAUUUCUACUUAAUAAUGUGCAUCUUUCUCAUCCAGUUUAUGUCCGACGUGCAGCUACUGAAAAUAUUCCUGUGGUUAGAAGACCUGACCGAAAAGAUCUACUUGGAUAUCUCAAUGGGGAAGCAUCAACAUCAGCGAGCAUAGAUAGGAGCGCCCCCCUGGAAAUAGGUCUUCAGCGGUCUACUCAAGUCAAAAGAGCUGCAGAUGAAGUUUUAGCAGAAGCUAAGAAACCAAGAAUUGAGGAUGAAGAGUGUGUGCGUCUUGAUAAGGAGAGAUUGGCAGCUCGAUUGGAAGGCCAUAAAGAAGGGAUUGUUCAGACAGAACAGAUUAGGUCUUUGUCUGAAGCCAUGUCAGUGGAAAAAAUUGCUGCAAUCAAAGCCAAAAUUAUGGCUAAGAAAAGAUCUACUAUCAAGACUGAUCUAGAUGAUGAUAUAACUGCCCUUAAACAGAGGAGUUUUGUGGAUGCUGAGGUAGAUGUGACCAGAGAUAUUGUCAGCAGGGAGAGAGUGUGGAGAACAAGAACAACUAUCUUACAAAGCACAGGAAAGAAUUUUUCCAAGAAUAUUUUUGCAAUUCUUCAAUCUGUAAAAGCCAGAGAAGAAGGGCGUGCCCCAGAACAGCGGCCUGCUCCAAAUACAGCCCCUGUGGAUCCUACAUUGCGUACGAAGCAGCCUAUUCCAGCUGCCUACAACAGAUAUGACCAGGAAAGAUUCAAAGGCAAAGAAGAAACGGAAGGCUUUAAGAUCGAUACCAUGGGCACGUACCAUGGCAUGACACUGAAAUCUGUAACGGAAGGUGCAUCUGCCCGUAAGACUCAAACUCCUGCAGCCCAACCUGUACCUAGACCAGUUUCUCAAGCAAGACCACCUCCAAAUCAGAAGAAAGGAUCUCGAACACCCAUUAUUAUUAUCCCUGCAGCUACCACUUCUUUAAUAACUAUGCUUAAUGCAAAAGACCUUCUACAGGAUCUGAAGUUUGUCCCAUCAGAUGAAAAGAAGAAACAAGGUUGUCAACGAGAAAAUGAAACGCUAAUACAGAGAAGAAAAGAUCAGAUGCAACCAGGGGGCACAGCAAUUAGUGUCACAGUACCUUAUAGAGUAGUAGACCAGCCCCUGAAACUUAUGCCUCAGGACUGGGAUCGGGUUGUAGCUGUUUUUGUUCAAGGUCCUGCUUGGCAAUUCAAAGGAUGGCCAUGGCUUCUGCCUGAUGGAUCACCAGUUGACAUAUUUGCUAAAAUUAAAGCCUUCCAUCUCAAGUAUGAUGAAGUUCGUCUAGAUCCAAAUGUUCAAAAAUGGGAUGUAACAGUAUUAGAACUCAGCUAUCAUAAGCGUCAUUUGGACAGACCAGUUUUCUUACGUUUCUGGGAAACAUUGGAUAGGUACAUGGUAAAGCAUAAAUCUCACUUGAGAUUCUGAAUCUUUUGAUUCCUACUUUUCUGAAAACUUGGUUUAAGAAGCAUGGAUAUAGCUUGAUCUACAGACUGAGACCCAAGCUUUAUGAAUUCAUCAAGAACUUGCAAAUGAAGAAGGCCACAGAGCAGUCUUUUUUUAAGACCUUGUUUGAUGCUGUGUGCUUCAAAGGGGCAUUGCCUCCCAUCCAUACAAGCAAACUUUUUUGGCUUACAACUAUUUUUUUAAUAUUAGCCUUCUAGUCUGUAAUGGAAAUUGUAUAUUUUGAUAGAAGCUUUUUCUCUAUUGGUUAAAUUAGCAUUACUUAAAAUUUGUUUCUUUAGAAAUAAAUACAGGUUAUAAAUGUGUGUAUAUUUAGAAGUUAUUAGGCUCUCUAAGCCAUCUUGCUUCUGAUUUUUCAUUGCUCUAUGAUUCCUUUUACUGGAAAAUACUGUCAUGAAUGGUUUGAAAUUUUAGACUCUAGAACUUCAAAACCCCAUCAAAGGGAAGUAACUAUUAAAUCAGUUGAAAGUUGGCCUGUGUGUAUACUAUGUCUAUACUAAGUCAUGUUUAAAAAGGAAUAAUGAAAAAUCAAGAAGUCUUCAGUUUCAGUUGAAUUCAGCCUUUUCAAGAUUUCUUUUGUAAAUGAAUACAUUUAAUGAAUGUACAUUCUCUUUGUUGACUUUGAUGAUUUUAAACUUAAAGUGAUAUAUUUCUAUCUGGGAUAUGUUUCCACUUGAAAAGAAAUCUCAAAAAGCAGAUUAAAGUGUAAUAGGCUGUUGGUGAUUUUUACUUGGGGAGCUAAAGUAUGAUUUUGGGGAUGUGAGUACUUAUAAGCCUAGUUACAGUGUAACUUGAACUUCUAAGUUUGGUUUUGAUUCUUAUAUGCUAUAGGAUUUUGAGUCUUCUAUUUGUACACAUGUCACCUUGGAACUUCAUAUCUUCAAUUAUUCCUAAAUAUUGAUAAAUUCCCAGGCACCAAAGAACACAUUUCCUUACGUGUCUGAACAGAAACAAGAUAAAAACACUGGUAUUUUUAUGUGUGUUCAGUGUGGUAUAAAAUAUAAAACCUAUAUUUUAACGUAGUAAAAUAUUUUACUAUUUCUCUACUUUAAACAGAGUGUUGCAUCCAAGCUGCAUUGAAUGACCAUGCUCCUUGAGUCCUGGUUUUAUCUUUUACUACUUAAAAGGAAUGUUUAUUCCAUGAAACAGUGGGGGUUUUGGGUUUUUCCCCCCUCCCUUUAGAGCUGUUGUUGACCAUCCCACCUUGUAUAUUGAUUUCCCCAGUGGCUAUCUCUUAGGUUAUCAAAUUGGGGAAUUGGGGGGGGCAGUAAAAUAUUUAACUUUUCUUUUAUUCUGGUGAGGAUUCUUAGCCUCUUUAGAAUUUAAUGCUAUCAUAAAGAUGAAAAAUAACUAUUAUAUAUUUUACUAAUUUACUACAAAAGUCCAUUAUCAGUAAAAAUGGAAAAGAAAUUUAUUCAGAUGAAAUUCAGUGGGCUCUCCAGAAGAGAAGCAGCUAAUGUUUUAAAUGGCUUUAGCACAAGUUUAGUAGGUUCUGCCCACAAUUUCCCAUUCUCCCUGCAUCCCCUUUAUGGUAAAAGAAAACUCACUUUGUUCACAGAAUUUCUCAGCAUACAAAUCUCUUCUUAAAUUAUGUUUUGAAUAAACUUUCUCCACAAUGAAA